AUGGCAAACCCACCUCGCCUACAGGUCUCUGGCCUACCUGGAGCCUCAGCUGAAGAAGCCGCCGCAACAACCUCACCUGCGCGCGGCGCUGAAAUGCUCAACUUCCUGCACACACGACUGAACCAGAAGAAUCGCGUUCCUCCUCUCGUCCACAGCUGGGAUUUCGGGCAUGAUCGCCAGGACCGCUCGACUGCCGCUAGCAGUAAUGGAGCCUCACACGAGGUCAGCUACGAAGACCGGCUCGAACCUCUUGCCCAGAUUAGCGACGUGAAACAGUUUUGGAACGUAUUCAACAACUUCGACAUCGGUCAGCUCAGGCUGCGGGACUCCGUUCACCUGUUCCACAAGGGCGUGAAACCGGUGUGGGAGGAUCCUAGAAAUGCGCGAGGAGGCAGCUGGACGUUUAGGGUACCCAAACAUCAAGCGACUGAGUUCUGGAAGGAGAUUUGCAUGAUGGCGAUUGGCGAGCAACUACAAGAGGCGGUUGAAGAGCCUGGGCGAACGACCUUUCGUGACGAUAUCUGUGGAGUGAGCUUGGGAGUGAGGUUUAACAGCAUGCUGGUGCAGAUUUGGAACAGAGAUGGUGAUCACGAGGCUGGCAUUCAGAAGAUCCUGAAGACGGUGGCUGAGGGCAUAUCAGAACAGUUGAAGCCGAAGGAGGGAAGCUUUUACUACAAGAAGCACAACGAGCAUGCUGCUUUUGGGGCGAAUACAUCAUCUGGAGAGCAGCAAACGGCACCCAGCCAAAAGGGUGGUGAGCAGGUCGUCGGAAGCUCGGGAAUGCAAUCGCUGGAUGGAGUUAUGAAGAGUUCAUGA